AUGGCUGAAAUUGUUGGUCUCGUAGUCGCAUGCGUUGAGGUACUCGAAGCAACCUUCGAAACUGUUCAACGGAUUACGACGGCACUAGAACGCAUCAAAGAACGCAACAAGAAUGGCUUUAAGACGCUUGACAGUGUCUGUGCGCAAGUUGCAAUUACGAAACAGAUCCUUAAGAACAUUGUGCAAGUUGACGAGGAGCAUCACACUCCUCUGGUCUACGCUUCCGUCGAACUGGUCAAGCAAAAGGCUUGCAACCUCAAAGCAGCUGCCGAAGAAUUCGGCAGUCCUGCCGAGAACAAAUUCAAGGCCUUCUUAAACGAGCUAAUUCGUGGUGAUGCUCGUCUUAAGACUUUCGACAGGAUGCAAGUCGACCUCAUUAUGGCGCAGAGCACAUUGAUCACCUCCUUGGUGGCGCAUAAUUACGUACAGGGCACCACUGAGGGGACGGUCGAUAUCAACAUCAGCAUUGUGGAGCGGGUCAAUAACUUCUUCAAACCUGAUAUAGAAGUCAACUACGCACGUCAAAUCCUAAACCUAGUAGGCGGUCACGGUGAACCUAUUGACGAUGGGAUAGUGUGCACGGUUAAGGCUCAGGACCUCGAGAAACUCAUGCAAGAUGUUCCACAACGUCUUCCAGGGGCGAAUGGCAAGAUUGUGCGUAUUCUUAAUCACAAUCACGUCGAGGAUUGGGGCAUGGUCACUGUAGACAUUGGGAGCCCAGGCGAGGGCACGCCACAUGUCGACUCAGUGACAGCUGAGUUCAAUGUCGUGAGUGGCAAUGGAUUCUGUUCGGCUGGCCCAAUGUCGUACAAUACUGCUUCAAAGACACAGGCGCUUCGAGCCAGUCUGAAGACGGUGGAAGGGAAUCAAGACGCUGCUCUUAAGAUGCUUGAGGCCACACUUCCGGACUUCAAGUCCUAG